CCGCAACAGCUUCCGGCGCCACCCUAAGGUAGGGAGCGCGGCCCUGGAGAAGAACGGCCGAAUACUCGCCAAAAAACCGGAGGGGUCCGAUAAGCACGUUAAAAUCAAGGACGUCACUCUCCCCGAAGAACUGUUUAGUCUUGGCUUCCGGCAGUUCAGGCCGAGGGGCUCAUCGGAUGAAAGAUACCCUCCCCUCGAUCGUGUCUUCGAAGGAGCCGAAGGUAAUAACAUGGACGUCAUCUCUCUCUUCGCUUUGAAGAAUGCGAAGGGGAAGAAGAAGGGCCCGGUGGGCACUUCUGCCAGGGAGGAGCCCUCCCAAGCGGCUACUGCCGGUGCUGGCGCCGGGGGGUCCAGAGGUGCUGGGCCCGUGAAGAAGAAAAACAACGGCAAGGGGACCGAGCCCCCGGCCAAGAAGCUAAAAUCCACCGCCCCCGCCAAGUAGCCGACCACUGACGUGGUUGUCAUUGUGGAUGAGGGGAACGCCUCUGCCCCCACCUCUCAGGAGCACAUAAACCAAGAGUUCUUCAGGCGGGAGAAACUGGAGGCGAUAGUGCCGAAGGGGGCUUCAGUACUGGAGGGUAGCCUAAACCCCUCGGCGCUGAUGAGCCAGAUGCUGCCCUCGGCUGAUCGCUUGGCCCUCGCCAGACUGGACGAGAGCUCCCUCGAGGCCAAGAUUCUUCUGAACACUGCCUCCAGCUUCAUGGGCCUCUGUGAGCACAUUCGAAGGGUGGAGCAGAUGAAGGAGGCGAAGGGCGCAGCCGAAGGGGAGGCUGCCCUUCUUAGGAAGAAGCUCGCCGAGGCCGAGGAUUCUCUUCGCUUGGCCACCGACAGCAUGGAGCAGCGGGUGCAAGCUGCGAGGGCCGAGGGGAUGAGCGAGGGCCUGGCUAAGGACGGGGAGGCUGCUGCCGAGGCCGCCCGUACUGCUGCAAAGGAAGCCCGCGCGGCUAAGGAAGAGGCUGUCUCCAGAGCCUGGGAGGAUGCUAUAGCCGGCUUUACUGCCGAGGGGUGGAAAGCCGGAGAUCAGAAAGAGUGGCUCUCCUCGGUGGUGGGGGCUUCAGUGGAUGACUGGGUUGGAGGCCCCGACAAGAUGUGGCUUGCUGAGAAGGGCAACUCCUACUAUCAAGGUGGGGAGUUUUUCACCCAGCGCCUCAUAUACCGGAAGCUCGCGAGGCAUUUCAAGCUCUCACCGGAGGAGUUCCAGCCCGAGGCCUAUGGCCUCCCCCCUCGGCAGCCAGACCUCAGGAUCCCGCUCCCCGAAGGCGAAGAGAGACCGGUGCUGGAAGAUUCGGAGACUUUGAGGGAGUGUGGCCUCGGGAGUGAUGGGGAUGAGGCCGAAAGCGAGGCUAUCUCCACAACUGUCGAAGGGGGCGAUGUUGUAUCUCCCCUCUCGUAAAAUGUAUUCCCCACCAAUCUGUAAUCAUAUUGUUGUACUUUUGGCUCCGGCCCUUUUGUUAUGUAUAC